GAUGAGGUCAUGUCAGGCAAAGGUCGUUUAGUUCGCUCAAAGCAAGCUUCACUCUAGUAGAUCCGCACUUAUUACUUCACUGACUUGUUUUGCCCGACCCUGAUAGCAUUCUCACAAUAUACGGUAACAAGUUUGGCUGCUCAUUUAGGCAGAUCUCACGUCAGUCAACGAAAGCAACAACUACUGAACGCUCGUCGAGACGGAACCAAAAUGAAAGCGGCGUUGUUUAUUCUCUUUUUGUCGUUCUGCUAUAUUGAAUGUCGAAAAGUGUACAAGCCAAUUGACAAAAAUGCGAACAUCGAUUUUAUUAAUAUGGAAACUGGUGGGUAUGGAAGAGGACCAGCCGCCACACCUGUAGCCCCAGCUCCAGCAAGGCCAAGUCCAGUACAGCCGGCACCCGCCCCGGCCCCGAAGAGCCCAACACCCACGCUCAAGCCAGUUGUGGUCACGCCACCAGUCCCAGCACCGGCUCCAGCGAAACCUCAACCUGCCCAACCUACACCACCGAACCAAAUCAAGCCAAUCCCAGUGAAUCCCACCCCUGCAGCUCACCCCAUAACAACUCCUGGACCGGGAAGCGUGAAGCAUUUGAUUAAUUUCUACGACAGCCAAGGCAAAGGAAGUCCUAUUAGACCUUACAGUUAUAGUCAGGCCGUGAAACAAGGUUAAACGAUUAUAAUAUAAACGUUGUUAUUUGUAAAACCUAUUUGAUACAAUACAGGCGAGUUUUAACAUGGUUUCGUAUAUAACUUUUUUAACUGUUGAUGAUAAAUUCUUAAGAAAGCUAUCUAGUUUUUUAAACAUAAUAAAACUCAAUAAGAUAAAAUGAAUGAAACUGCUGCAUAAACAUCGAAUUUAAUUUGAUUCUCGCCCUACAUCAAUUUAUUGUUAUUCGACAAAACAACAUAACUUUUCAAAAUUAUUUAAUGCAGUUUAGUACGUUUAAAAAUCACUAAUACUAUAUACCUAGUGAUAACAUACUCCUUGCUAAUGCUUAAAUAGUUGCCAUAUAAGGAUUAUUCUUAAAAGGCAAAUAUAUUUAUUAUAAAAAACUAUGUAUACAUUUUAUAUAUUUAAUUAUAAAAGUGAAUAUGUUAUAUAAUUGUAUGAAACUGAAUAAAAAGAUCAACAAAAUAUAAGUAAAUUGUACAAAA